GAAUGUUCUUUUGUUUGUAUUCGUACGCGGCAGAUCUGUAUGCACGCGUUUUGCUAUCGUCGUUCAAAUAAGUUCAAAGUGAUUGUGAAGCAAAGUUUUUGAAACUUUCAAAGUUUUGUGAAGUCAUUAAACUAAUUUUCUGUGAAGUGUUCAGUAUAUUGUGAAUCAAAUUGAAGCUUUUUUUAAUGAUUUUAAGUCAAAGAUACGUUUGCCACUGUAGAAUGUAGUAAUACUUUACGGGACACAAAGUUGAGUGAACUUUCGUACAUUGUUAGCAGGAAUCAUAAGUUAAUUCCACAGGUGAUCGUAAUGUUGUGACAAAACUUAAACCUAGCAACCAUUUAAUAAUGACUAUAUACUUACGAAGCUUUAAGAAAACCCGACAGGAUUUGUCUCAAGGAAACGUUCGAAAAACAAUCGUGACUGAAUCGUGAAGUUCUGAAAUGCUGUUGUGGGAACAUUUCAAACGUGUUAUGGAAAAAUUGAAGAAUUAGCUUAGCACGGCUGAUCAAGAUGGUUUUGAACAAAAAGUGUGGUGUCUUUGUUAUUCUUCUGUUCUCUAUUCAAAAUUCCUUGACAGCAGACACUGCAAUUCAAAUGCAGCCGCCGCGGUUCACAAUGCAACCUUCAUCUUCCAAUAGCAUAGUCAGAGAAGGCACAACAAAAAUAUUGCAGUGUUCGGCUAAAGGCAUCCCACAACCGUUGUACAGAUGGCUCAAAAACGGUAUACCGUUGGGCGACUAUUCGUCGGAAUUGUUUUAUAAAAUCCACAACACCCAGCGACAAGAUGCUGGCGCCUAUCAAUGUAUCGCAAAGAAUGAUGUUGGAGCAAUUUUCAGUGAAAAGAACAACAUUGUUGUCGCCUAUAUGGGUGUUUUUGAGAACACUGUUGAGAAGGUAGUGAAAGUUGAGUCUGGAAGAUCGGCUAUUUUAGAUUUUCCUCACAUAGAUUCAGAACCACCACCGUCAGUAAUUUGGCAAGAGGAAAAUUCUGUAAAUGGUGUUUUAAGAUACGAUCAAAAAUAUGCAAUAACUGAUAAACAUCAACUAGUAAUACUUUGCGCUUCACAGGACGACCAAAAAGCAUACAGAGCACGUGCAAUAAAUACACAACUAGGUAAAGUUGAAAACAGUCCAUACAUAAGAUUAGAUGUUACCGGUGACGAUAACAAAGAAAUAGCACCGGAGAUUAUUAUUAAACCACAAGACACGAAAAUAAUAAAGGGUCAAGAGUAUACAAAUAUUUACUGCAUCGCAAAUGCGAGACCACUUCACGAGCUCGAAACGCUGUGGUUCAAAGACGGCUUACUGAUCGACUUAGCGGGAAUUACUUACGACUUAAACGAUCAGUGGAAUCGAACACUGAGUCUUAUAUCAGCUACUUUAAAUCAUACUGGGCAAUAUACAUGUCAAGCGAGAUUAAAGACGGGCGGGUUCGCCACAGUCGCAGCGUCAGCCAAGGUCACAGUAUUUGAAAAACCAGUGAUGAUAUCUAAUCUAAAAUCAGAAACGUUCGCCGAGUUCGGUAGCACGAUCGUUUUGGAAUGCAACGUUCAAGGCAUGCCGUUACCGAGUAUAACGUGGUACAAAGAUGCGCGAAAGAUUGCAAGCGUAGGGGCCGAUGCCGAGGACUCUGAUAAUGACGUAGAUGACGGCGGCGGAAGAUACAGGGUGGAAGUAGAUAGGUCACUCGUUAUCAGCAACUUGAAGAUGGAUGAUAUGGGCAUAUAUCAAUGCAUCUCGAGCAACGAAGCCGGGGAGUCUUCUAUCUACACCUGGUUGAAAAUAAAAACAAAGGAAAAUAUACGCCUUCCGCGCAGUCACAUGAAGUUAAUAAGAAUGAGGACCACAGAUAAAAAGGCAAAAACUUUCAAAUUUGAUACCGGCACGUCCCCGCCCAUAAUGCAGAGCGCGCCCGCCAACCUCACGGUGCUGGACGGCAAGGACGCCACCAUCGUGUGCCGGGCCGUCGGCGCGCCAACGCCCAACGUUACCUGGUAUUUCAACGAUUCUCUCAUAAUAAAUUUAUCCGGGAGACUGCAAGCCCUGGAGGAGGGGGACUUGUUGAUUACCAGCACAACUUCAGUGGACAGUGGCAAAUAUACUUGCGUGCGUGCGAAUGACGCCGGCAGCGUUUCUGGCGAAGCAUUCCUUACCAUCCUUGUGCGUACUCAAAUAAUCGCCCCGCCCGUGGAUACGCGAGUAUUAUUAGGACACACUGCAACUCUGCAGUGCAAAGUAUCCAGCGAUCCGAACGUCAAGUACAACAUCGACUGGUUCCACAACAAACAGCCCAUGACAGCGGGCUCUCGCGUGUGGGUGUCAGCCGACGGCGCGCUGCAAGUGCAGGCGGUGCGUGCGAGUGACGCGGGCGAGUACACGUGCGUGGUGACGUCACCCGGCGGCAACCACACGCGCCGCGCGCUGCUGUCGGUCAUCGAGCUGCCGUUCGCGCCCACCAACGUGCGCGCCGAGCGGCUGGACGCGACCCCGCAGCGCGCCGUCAACGUGUCCUGGACCCCCGGCUUCGACGGCAACUCACCCGUGCACAAGUACAUCGUGCAGCGGCGUAUAGUGCCCGAGUUCGGUCCGACACCUGAUCCUCUGCUGAACUGGGUCACGGAAUCGAUGAACGUAUCGGCUACUCAACGUUGGGUGUUGCUAACCAGCUUGAAGGCAGCCACGUCCUACCAGUUCAGAGUAUCAGCCGUCAACACCGUCGGAGAGGGUCCCCCGUCUGAUCCAACUGAAGUUCUGACGUUGCCGCAAGAAGCACCCUCCGGCCCGCCGUUGGGUUUUAUGGGUUCAGCGCGAUCGUCCUCCGAAAUAAUCACUCAAUGGCAGCCACCUCUAGAGGAACAUCGGAACGGACACAUCCUCGGAUACGUCAUCAGAUACCGUUUGAAAGGCUACGACAAUAGUCCGUGGACGAACCAAAAUAUUACCAACGAGGCUCAGAGGAAUUACCUCAUACAAGAUUUGAUCACGUGGAAGGAUUACAACGUACAGAUCGCUGCGUACAACGACAAAGGCGUUGGCGUGUUCUCGGAUAGUUACACGAUUAAAACAAAAGAGGGCGUCCCCGAGGCGGCCCCCGACAGCGUCCGCUGCGAAGCGGCCAACUCCACCGCCAUACAAGUGUGGUGGACGCCGCCCAACCCACAGAAGAUUAACGGAAUUAAUCAGGGUUACAAAAUUCAAGCAUGGAAGUGGGACGAGGCAACCAACGACAGCGUCGAACACAGACUUGUUAGCGUCCCGCCCAACCUGCUGGACCCUCUGACCGAACAAACAGCUCUGAUAACUGGCCUCGAAAAGUUCACAGAGUAUAACAUCUCCGUGUUGUGCUUCACCGAGCCUGGUGACGGACCUCGCAGUGACUUCGUGCUUGUGAGAACUAAGGAGGACAAACCGGACGAGAUUGUAAACUUACAAUUCGAUGACAUAUCAGAUAGGGCAGUGAGGGUAUCUUGGUCGCCACCAAAGAAAUCUAACGGAGUCCUAAUAGGAUACAAAUUGAAGUAUCAGAUAAAAGAAAACCCCGAUUCACUCAAGGAGGAAGUUCUGCCGCCUAGCAAUACCAGUAUAAGGGUGGAACACUUGCAGGCGAGCACGCAGUACCAGUUCUGGGUGAGCGCGCUGACGGCAGUGGGCGAGGGCGGGCCGCGCUCCGCCGUCAUCCAGUCGGGCGUGGAGCCGGUGCUGCCGCACGCGCCGCGCAACCUGGCGCUGUCCAACAUCGACGCGCACUCCGUGCUGCUGCAGUUCACGCCGGCCUUCGAUGGAAACUCCUCCAUCUCGCUGUGGACUGUGCAGGCGCAAACAGCACGCAACUCAUCCUGGGUGACAAUCUACGAAGUGAACGCGCCCGAUGCCCAGUCCAUCCUAGUAACGGGCUUGGUCCCGUUCACAACGUACCGACUGCGGGUGAUCGCCACCAACGUGGUCGGCUCGUCCCCGCCCUCCGAGCCCUGCAAAGAGUUCCAGACAAUCCAGGCGCCGCCGCGGCACCCUCCCAGGAACGUUACCGUCCGAGCUGUCAGCGCCAACAACCUCAGAGUUAGAUGGAUUCCUCUACAGCAGAGUGAAUGGUACGGCAACCCAAAAGGCUACAACAUAACGUACAAGCGCAGUGGCACCAACGACACACUGUACAGUAUCAUUGAGGACCACACAGCCAACUCGCACGUGCUAUCAAACCUGGAGGAGUGGUCGGUGUAUGAGAUCACGAUGACCGCUAUCAACGAAGUCGGUACAUCAGCUGUUAGUCCCACGGCUACAGAGAGGACACGCGAAGCAGUGCCGUCCACUGGCCCGGUGAACGUAUCAGCAAACGCCACAUCCUCCACAACAGUGGUCGUUCUAUGGGGAGACAUUCCCGUACAAGAUCAGAACGGUCUCAUCGAAGGGUACAAAGUGUGCUACGCCGCAGUGGUGCCGCCCCCUAGACCGGAACACAAGAAAGUUGAAUGCCACCCCAUAACAUCGAACCUGACCCACACGGUGACUUUGACGGAGCUCCGGAAGUAUGUGGUGUACCAAAUACAAGUGUUGGGUUACACCAGGUUGGGAGACGGUGCACUCAGCGACCCGCCGGUUACCGUCAGGACUUUUGAAGACACUCCCGGGCCUCCGUCGAACGUUUCGUUUCCCGAUGUAACGUUUACAACAGCACGGAUAAUAUGGGACGUGCCCGAAGAUCCGAACGGCGAGAUACUGGCGUACAAAGUUACAUACCACCUGAACAGUUCCACGCAUCACAUGUUCUCGAAGGAAUUCUUGCCAUCUGACAGGACGUUUAGAGCGACGGAGCUGUCGUCGGAGCAGUACUACCUGUUCUCGGUGACGGCGCAGACGCGCGUGGGCUGGGGCGCCACGCUGCGCGCGCUUGUGCUCACCACCGUGAACCGCGCCGCGCCCGCGCCGCCCGCGCGCCCCAACGUGGCGCGCUCGCUGCUGCAGCCGCACCAGAUCACCUUCUCGUGGACGCCCGGCGACGACGGCUAUGCGCCUCUCCGGUAUUACACCAUACAACAAAAAGAAGACGGUGGGACAUGGCAAACUCUUCCCGAGCGAGUUGAUCCAUUCUCCACGUCGUACACAGUGGAGGGGCUCAAGCCCUACACCGCGUAUCAGUUCCGGAUACGAGCCACCAACGACAUCGGGCCCAGUCGCUAUAGCAACGCCACGGAGACGGUCCGCACUUUACCUGCAGCGCCAAGUAAAGCGGUGGAGAACCUGCGCGUGGUGCCCAUCACGCCGAGCAGCGUGCGCGUGCAGUGGGCGCCGCUGGGCGAGCAGCACUGGAGCGGCGACGCGCGCACGGGCGGGUACGCCGUGCACUACCAGCCGCUCACCGACUUCCCCGCCUCGCUGCACAACACCAUGAAGGUGGACGUGCCCGGGAUCAAGAGCGAAGAAGUGGUACUGACGGAGCUGGCGCUGGACCGCAACUACGAGAUCAGCGUGUACGCCGUGAACUCGCAGGGCGCGGGCCCGGGCGGCGCGCCCGCCGUGGUGUGGGUGGGCGAGGCGGUGCCCACCGCGCCGCCGCAGGGCGUGGCCGCGCGCGCGCUGUCGCCCACCGAGGUGGCGCUCACGUGGCACCCGCCGCACCUCGCGCAGCAGAACGGCGACCUGCUCGGGUAUAAGAUAUUCUACUUGAUGACGGAGUCCCCCGAGGAGCCGGAGCCAGGACGCCGCGCGGAGGAGGAGAUCGAAGUAGUCCCCGCCAGCGCCACCGCGCACUCGCUCGUCUUCCUCGACAAGUUCACGCAGUAUCGGAUACAGGUGCUGGCCUUCAACCCGGCGGGCGACGGGCCGCGCUCGAGCGCGCUGCUGGUGCGCACGCACCAGGGGCUGCCGUCCGCGCCGCGCAACAUCUCCUUCGCCGACAUCACCAUGAACAGCCUGGUGGUGUCGUGGGAGCCGCCGCAGCGCCGCAACGGGCUCAUACACUCCUACCUCGUCACCUACGAGACCGUGGAGCAGGACGAACGGUUCAGCAAGCAGGUGAAGCAGAAGGUGUCAGAGCGGCGGCUGGCGGUGGGCGCGCUGGAGGAGGAGGCGGAGUACCGGUUCGCGGUGCGUGCGCUGACGGUGGGCGCGGGCCCGGCGGGCGAGGCGCGCGUGCGCACGGGCCCGCAGCCCGGCUCGCCCGCGCCGCCCGCCGCCCUGCGCCUGCGCGCCGACCCCGCCGCGCUGCAUCUGCGCUGGACCAACGCCGCCUCCGGCCGCGGCCCGCUGCUCGGGUACUACUUCGAGGCACGGAAGAAAGAUGACACUCGCUGGGAGACGGUAACCAGGACGAGUAACGGGAUCCUCGAAGAGUUCACGAUAUCGUACCAGAGCCUGUUGCCGUCGACGGCGUACUCGUUCCGCGUGAUCGCGUACAACGUGUACGGGAUCAGCAACCCGGCGUACAGCGAGAAGACCAUCGUGACGCCGUCCAAGCUGUACCUGGAGUACGGCUACCUGCAGUACCGGCCCUUCUACCGCCGCACGUGGUUCAUGGUGGCGCUGGCGGCCGCCUCCAUCAUCAUCAUCAUCAUGGUGAUCGCCAUAUUGUGUGUCAAAAGCAAAAGCUACAAGUACAAAAAAGAAGCGCAGAAGACGCUAGAAGAGUCACUAGCCGGCGAGACGGACGAGCGCGGCUCGCUGGCGCUGGAUCUGUACCGCUCGCGCCAGAACUCCGUGGCGAGCGCGGGCGCGCUGGGCGGCACCCUCCGCCGCAAGCCCGCCCCCGCGCUCGCCAAGUCGCCCCCGCGCCCCUCGCCCGCCUCCGUCGCCUACCACAGCGACGAGGAGAGCCUCCGCGGCUACGACGAGAACCCCGACGACUCCUCCCUCACGGAGAAGCCCUCCGAGAUGAGCUCCUCCGACUCGCAGAAUUCUGAGAGCGAGAACGAGAGCGUACGCUCCGAGCCGCACUCGUUCGUGAACCACUACGCGAACGUGAACGACACGCUGCGCCAGUCGUGGAAGAGGCAGCGGCCGGUGCGCAACUACUCGAGCUACACCGACUCGGAGCCCGAGGGCAGCGCCGUCGUGAGCCUCAACGGCGGCCAGAUCGUGAUGAACAACAUGGCGCGCUCGCGGGCGCCGCUGCCCGGCUUCUCGUCCUUCGUAUGACACGGGCCGCCCGACGCGCCGCCCGCGCGCGCCUGCCACAUGUAGAGACCGAUCCGAAUGUGCGUGACGUAGUACUAGAUGUAGUAGACUAAGAGCCAGAGACUGCCAGAUAUUCGUUAUUUCAUAAAAGUAUGAAAGUUUGUCAGCUCAUGCUCCUAUCAUAGCUAAGUAUGGGAGCCAAUGUUCAUGUCCAUGGAAUAAGGGUCCGAAAUAUAUCGACAUCAGUUAAUUAAAGUUAAUUUCUUAAAUAAAUAUAAUAAUAAAGAAAUAAAAGAUUUCUUAAAAAAACUUAAUUUUUUUAAAAAAAAAAUUCCAAACAGCAAAAACGCUGUCGCAAAAACGUCACUAAUUCACUUGAUGUACUAAACGUCAAACUAAUUGUUAAGUUAUAUUUUUGUCAAACGCUCCGUUAGUAAGGGAUUUAUUAUAGGGACGUCAUGAAACAGUUGAAAUAUAGACUGUCAUGGCCGACAGGCGUUUUGGCUCGUAUUAUCUAAAACAUAUUUAUAAACUAAAACUUUCAUAUAAUCACGUCUUAAAAAAAUAAAAAUUUAUUCUAGUAGAAAGAUAAUGAACAAUUUAAGACCAUUAAAAAAAGUGUCAACUAGCCUAUUAUGUGGUUUGGCUUUUGGUUACUGUAAGAGGUAGCUGAUUUCAAGAUUCUAGAGUCCAGAUUUAAGUAAUAAUAUUAUGAUAUUAUUAAUUACAUGAAUUAGCUUUAUUAUGUAUUAACAUUUUACUGAGUUUGAGCAUGACCAGACAAACUUUCAGCUUUUAUAAAAUGACAUAUGCCUGGUUGUUGCUGGCUCUCCGUUUAUAAUGCUAGCCAUACACGAAAAAAUGUACUUGCGCAAGUUUAAACUUCCACAAGUAUAAUAUUGUAACGCAAAUAACUACCAAUAUUAAUGAAACGUUUGCGAUCAUUAGGCUGUCAGCUAUUAGCACGGAUUGUGUAUAGAAUCUUAGUGUUCGGUUCGCAUUUUGUGCGUCCACAGUAUUCGCGUUACAUUACACGUUACGCACGUCUGGAGCCGGCCUAACGCACUGCCAACCCAUUCCCAAUGCAUUCGUUUGUAGCACAUUUCGUAUGUACAUAUCAAAUUUUAUUGUUGAAUUUCAUAUUUUUAAGUCUUACUAAGUAUAAGAAUAUUAUUGAAUACGACUUAAUUAUUUAUAGACAUGACAGGAAGUUGGGAUCAAUCUAGAUAUCUCAAAUCAUAUUCAUAAAUCUCAUUGACACACAAUCGCUUUUGAGGUAUCAGCAUAAACGCAAAUACUCUCAAGGGUGUAAGAGAAAGCGUUUUAAGAAAUGUUAUUUGUGUAUAUGUAUAUAAUUAUUGUUUAUACACCAUAAGAAUGAGUUCCAAACACAUUAACAACUAUGGUGUUAUAGAUAGAGUACUUAAAUUAACUUGUCUGAUGACAAUAAGCCUACCAAUCGGUAUAUACAUUCAAUACAAUUUUGAUUGAAUCAAAAUGAUUUUAAUUAAAUUAUAUUAUUAUAAUAAAAAUAAUAGAAAAAUUAAUAGACAAAUUGAACCCUACUUCCGCUUAAGCAUUAUAUUAUUGUAAGAGGCAGCUUCGUGACAAAACACCAUCGCGUAAAUUAAUUUCAAUAUUUUAUGUGCGACAAAAAUAUUUAAUAUUGUUUUUCGCUAAAAUAUAGUUAUUAAAAUAAAUAAAUUAUGCGGUGAUGUGUUUGUUAAUUCUUGUUCACAAUAUGAAGCUGCUAAUUUAGUUUUAUUGACACAUGUUAUUAAAGUUUUUAGGUCAAUUAUUAUUAAUAGUAAAUAUUAUGAGAUGUAGAUAUAUGUAUCUAACGUUUAAUGCAGCUGUAAAGAAAUAUGGAUCUCUUUAGAUCAAUGUAAUUUUAGAUUUUUUUAAUUCUUCCUAUGACGCAGUUUAAGACAUUAUGUAUAAAUUAAUAAUAAAUAUCACGUGUGCUGCUACCUAUAUAAAAAUAUACUUCACGCCUACACUUCUGGCACGUGCCAUUUUUUUAAAAGUAAAUAAACAUCCCAUCGCAUUAAAUUUUUUUUUAUGGUUAGUAUGCCAGAAGCAUAGGCAUGCGGUAUAAAUGAUUAAUAUAAUCAAUUUUAGCUUUGACUUGACGUUUUUAACUUAAUCGUGAAUACUACACACUUCUGACCUUUAUACAGUAUUAACAUUAAUUAUAUUUAUCAUUCCACUUUGAUAUAGUAAUAUUAAUGUAAGAAUAAUAAUAAUAAUAAUGUAUUUAUAAUCCCUAAAUCUUUCAUUGCUUUUGUAUUAUUUAAGUGUUAGUCCAUUUGAUAUGGACUGUUCCUGGUUAUAGAAUUAUUUUUAAAUGUUUUAAUGCCAACCAGAACGAAAAGUAGAAGUGAACUUCUGUGGACACAUUGAUCAUGUUUCGUAAGGAACUCGCGUGAGCAUUUUGUUAAGAUACAUACUCGUAUACUUAUGAAAUUUUCACUUUUUUACUGUAUUUUUUUAUAUACAUAUUUAUGUAAAUUAUUAGAUCAAACAUUUAAUUAUCCACAAAGUAUUUUUUUUAGAAAUCAGUUUUCAAUUUAGUAUUAUUUACGAUCAAGUACUGUUUUGUCAUUAAAAGUAUUUUAUAUUCUAUUUAAAAAAAUAGAAUACCAAACGUGCUAAGGAACUCAUUGACAAAAAUAAUUCAGCAGUUCUGGUCAGAAAAUAGGACAUUCAUUAUAAAAUUGUCACUAAUAAUAAUAAUUAUAGUAACAAAAAAUAAAUUAUAAUUAUGACUUUAUUAUAAUAUGUAUUUUCACAAAUCUGUCUUUAUCUAUAUUGUAUAUGUAUUUUGGAAUGAGAUGACAGAACUAAUAUAAUAUUAAUGUUAAAAUUAUGUUUAUAUAUGAAUAUUAGCUGUAUCUAUCGUAUUUUUGUGCCUCUAUAAAUAUGUUAUAUGGCGUUUGCAGUUAUACAUGAUCAUUUACAGCCACAUCUCGACACACCUUGCAUUGUGUAUUAUUGAACGCAAUAAUUCAUUUUUAGUGUGAUAUUAUCUCUUUCGCUUUACUGACAGAUACUACGCAAGCACAGUGCCAGUUAAUAAUACUGUAAACAAUGAUGGUAGAAGAAAUAACAUGAAUAGUUUAAAAAACUAAAAAACACGCUUGAUACCCAUAUUAUAGGGAUGCAUUUCAAAUAGCCUGUCCGCCAUAUUGGAUUUAAGUCAUGUAACUAUUUUUUCCGUAUUCCUGACGGCAAACUCUUUCAUUUGAUAUCCAUAUCAUGGGGGUGGAUUUCAAACAGCCAGUCCGCCAUCUUGGGGAGGCCGCUAAUAUAAGCGUGUUGAAAAGAGGUAUCGUUUUCUUCUAACAUCAUUGACUGUAAAUGAUCACCCUAACUAUAAGCAUAAGAAUUAAAUACCCUUAUCUUUGCCCUCGUCUGCUAUUCAUUUGGGAUAAAAAGUAUUAAGUUGCCUUUGAUAUAGUUCAUACUUUCCUAGAUUUUGUGUGAAAAAUGUCUGGCUGCAAUAUAACUAGGCAACCUAUUUGCAAUGUAAUUAUAAGAACCUUUCAGAGAUUCUCAUUUUCCUUUAGGCCUGAGAUAGGCCUCCAUCAAGUUUUUCGACAGUUCACGAUCCCAUACAGAUUUUGCCCAAGUACUCCCUGUCCCUGUUAUCAGUCUUAUUUCGUCCGCCCAUCUCUGUUUCGGCCUUCCUCUUCGCUUUUGCAUAUAUAUGUGACUUGUAUACCAUAGUCCGUUUUCUCCAUUUUUCUGUACCUCUUGAUUGUGUGGCCUGCCCACUUCCAUUUUCAAUGUAUCACUGUGAAUCUUUUAUUUCUUAUCAUUAAUAAAUAACAGAUGAGGGUGUAUUUUUCUAAUGCCGGAUCAUAGACCAAAUAUAAUAGUUGUAAUGCGAUACAAAACGGUAGUAAAUAAGGGUGUCGUUCUUAGAAUAACCAUGUGUACUGUGACUGCCACUACCUUGAUAUUUGAUAUUUUGUUCAAUGCAUACUCAUUUAUGAAUUUUUUUGGACGUAUCCAUACACUGAUAGCGUUGACGCUUGUAUGGUGGGUAGGAAGCAUUUAAAACAGAUAUUAAUUCCUACAAGUGCAGAAAUGGAACGAUUCAUAUCUGCCAAUAUCAUUUUACUAUUACUACUCCGUAUUAUCUCAUUAAGUGUAAUCCAAAUUUCUUUGCUAGGUCAAUAUUUUAUCGAAACUAAUCCCGAUCGUAUUUAUUUUCUAAUUUAUUAUAACCACCGUAUUAUAGAUCGUGAAUAUUAAGGACUGUCAUGUCUCCACCACAUGUGUUCCACAUUCCACGUGUUGCCCGUAGGCCUACCAAUAAUCAUCAUAAGGGCAUAUGGAAAUGUUUUAUUUUACUAUAGCCUAGCCUUUUAACUAACAUUUUUCUUCAUUUACAAGUCGUUCAUAAGCAAAUGUUUAUUUUCCUAAUCUCGUUUUGUCAGAUUUACUUAAAGCUUCCGAUCGGUCUGUUAUCUUUUUUUUUUGAUUAAAGUAUAUUAAAAACAAUUUUCAUUUUUACAAAACCUAUUCAAAGUUUGUCACAUUAAAGUAGAAUAAAAUAUUGUUAGUAGGCUUACAGGCUACAUAUAAGUUUUGCGCCUUUCUAUCAUUAAAAAUAUUAAUAGAAAUUGUCGCUUUUAAAAUUAUUUUGUUUUAAUUAUAAUUUUUAUGUAGGUACUACUACUACUUAUAGGAACUUACACCUGACUGAUAGUUUUAGAUUAAGUCUCCUCUUGAUUGGUGUAAAUAAUUAAAAUAUUGUUAAUAUACUCGUAACUAGUAAAUUCAUAAAACGCAUGCAUUAGACAUGCUUAUCAGGCACAAUUCUUAAAAAUCUGUGAUCUAUAUUGUUUUUUUUUUCAAUAACUUUAAUAAUAAUAAUAUUAGACUUAAGGAUUUAAUUUUCAGUGAAAAUGUUUUUAUAAUUUUUUAAUCAGUGCACCAAUUUUGUUUAUUCAUAAAUCCGAGACCAGAAAUAACUUAUAGUUUUAAGACCAUCUUAACAAAAGCCCUAUUUUUUUUCUAAUUUUUACAUUAUACUGGUGCCAUUGAACUAGCUACUUAAUUUUUAUAACCUUGUGUAAUAUUUUUAAUUAUACAAUAUUUUUAAAUACAAAGACUAAGUAAGUGACGAAUAAAUUAUAACAUUGA